CGGGGCUCCGUUUCCGUUGCUUAGCCAGAGCUUGGCCCAACGGAAACAGCAGAGCUGGAGCUUUCCAUGCGAAAUGAGUUGAAUCACCCAGGCUACCGGAGAGGCGUGGAGUAACGCCUUUUCCGCCGGAAGUGGGUGCCAGUCUCCACGUGCGGUUCCUCCCCCACCACCCGGCCUUAGCAGCGGCUCCGCGGAUGCCAUGGAGCCUGCGGGUCUGGAACAGAUCCUGCGGGAGCUGCUGCUGCCGGACACCGAGCGCAUCCGCCGGGCCACAGAACAGCUCCAGAUCGCCCUUCGGGACACUGCCGCCCUGCCUGCGCUCUGCGACCUGUUGGCCUCGGCGGUCGACCCUCAGAUCCGCCAAUUUGCAGCAGUCCUGAUCCGCAGAAGACUGAGCACCCGCUGGCAGCGCCUGGUAGCUGAGCAGCGGGAGAGCCUCAAGUCCCUGGUCCUGACGGCCCUGCAGAGAGAGACAGAGCAUUAUGUGAGUGUCAGCCUGGCCCAGCUAUCAGCCACCAUUUUUCGAAAGGAAGGCCUGGAAGCCUGGCCUCAGCUCAUGCACCUUCUUCAGCAGAGUACUCACAGCCCCCACAGCCCUGAGAGAGAGAUGGGACUUUUGCUGCUGAGUGUGGUGGUAACUUCCCAGCCUGAGGCCUUCCAACCCCACCAACGGGAGCUUCUUCGGCUUCUGAAUGAGACUCUUGCUGAAGGGGGCUCUCCGGGACUGCUCUUCUACUCCCUGCGCACUCUGACUGCCAUGGCCCCCUACCUCAGGACUGAUGACAUGCCUCUUGCACGGAUGUUGGUGCCCAAACUCAUCAUGGCAGUGAAGACUCUGAUCCCCAUAGAUGAGGUAAAGGCCUGUGAGGCCCUAGAGGCCCUGGAUGAACUGCUGGAGUCCAAGGUGCCCAUCAUCACACCUCACCUCUCUGAGGUCCUCGCAUUCUGCCUGGAGGUGGCUAAGAACGUGGGCCUUGGCGACGCAAUACGUGUGCGUAUUCUCUGCAGCCUCACCUUUUUGGUCAAAGUCAAAAGCAAGGCCUUACUAAAGAACAAUCUCCUGCCUCCCUUGCUGCAUACCCUUUUCCCUAUUAUGGCUGCUGAGCCACCCAUGGGCCAGUUGGAUCCUGAAGACCAGGAUUCUGAAGAGGAAGAAUUGGAGAUGGGCCCAGUGGGGGAGAGUCCCAAGCACUUUGCUGUACAGGUUGUGGACAUGCUAGCACUACACCUUCCCCCUGAGAAGUUCUGUCCCCAGGUGAUGCCCAUGCUAGAAGAAGCCUUUCGGAAUGAGAGCCCAUACCAGCGCAAAGCAGGGUUCCUGGUGUUGGCUGUGCUGUCUGAUGGUGCUGGUGAUCACAUCAGGCAAAGAUUGCUGUCUCCACUGCUGCAGAUCGUGUGCAAGGGCCUGAGUGACCCCUCACAGAUUGUACGCAAUGCUGCACUGUUUGCCCUGGGCCAGUUUUCAGAGAACUUACAGCCCCAUAUCAGCAGCUAUUCAGGGGAAGUGAUGCCACUGCUCCUUGCCUACCUGAAGUCAAUGUCUCUAGAGCACACACACCACCUAGCCAAGGCCUGCUAUGCCCUCGAGAACUUCGUGGAGAACCUAGGGUCCAAAGUGGAGCCCUACCUUCCGGAGCUUAUGGAUUGUAUGCUGCAGCCCCUGAGGAACUUCAGCAACCCCCGGGCCAAGGAACUAGCUGUGAGCGCCCUAGGAGCUAUUGCCACAGCUGCCCAAGCCUCCCUGCUGCCCUACUUCCCUACCAUCAUGGAGCAUUUGCGGGAAUUCCUGUUGACAGGCCAUGAAGACCUUCAGCCUGUGCAGAUCCAGAGCCUGGAGACCCUGGGAGUGCUAGCCCGAGCACUGGGAGAGCCCAUGAGGCCCCUGGCUGAGGAAUGCUGUCAGCUGGGGCUGGGCUUAUGUGACCAUGUAGAUGAUCCUGACUUGCGGCGCUGCACGUACGGUCUGUUUGCAGCCUUAUCAGGACUGAUGGGAGAGGGUCUGGCACCCUACCUACCACAAAUCACCACACUCAUGCUGUUGUCACUGCGUUCCACCGAGGGCAUAAUGCCUCAGUAUGAUGGAAUCAGCUCCUUCCUUCUGUUUGAUGAUGAAAGCGAUGGGGAGGAGGAAGAAGAGCUCAUGGAUGAAGAUGUGGAAGAAGAGGAUGACUCUGAAAUCUCAGGGUACAGUGUGGAGAAUGCCUUCUUUGAUGAGAAAGAAGAUACCUGCACUGCCCUGGGGGAGAUUUCGAUGAACACUAGUGUGGCCUUUCUUCCGUACAUGGAGAGUGUUUUUGAAGAAGUAUUCAAGCUGCUGGAAUGUCCUUACCUGAAUGUGCGGAAGGCAGCCCACGAAGCUCUGGGUCAAUUCUGUUGUGCACUGCAUAAGGCUUGCCAGAGCUGCCCCUCAGAACCCAACAAGGCUGCUCUGCAGGCUGCCUUGGCUCGAGUGGUACCAUCUUACAUGCAGGCAGUGAAAGGAGAGAGAGAGCGCCCAGUGGUGAUGGCGGUUCUGGAGGCCUUGACAGGGGUGCUGCGCAGCUGUGGGACCCUCACACUGCAGCCCUCGGGAUGCCUCGGUGAGCUCUGCAGCAUGCUCAAGACUGUGUUGCAGAGGAAGACAGCCUGCCAGGACGUCGAUGAGGAGGAGGAUGACGAAGAUGAUCAGGCAGAGUAUGAUGCCAUGUUACUAGAGCAUGCUGGAGAGGCCAUUCCUGCCCUGGCAGCCGCUGCUGGAGGAGAUGCCUUUGCUCCCUUCUUUGCCAGUUUCUUGCCGCUGUUGUUGUGCAAGACGAAACAGGGCUGCACAGUGGCAGAGAAGUCCUUUGCGGUGGGGACACUGGCAGAGUCCAUUCAGGGGCUGGGUGCUGCUUCAGCCCAGUUUGUUUCUCGGCUGUUCCCCGUACUGUUGAGUUCUGCCAGGGAAGCAGACCCUGAGGUGCGGAGCAAUGCCAUCUUUGGACUGGGUGUACUUGCAGAGCAUGGAGGCCGCCCUGCUCAGGACCACUUUCCCAAGCUACUGGGCCUCCUUUUGCCUCUCCUGGCAAGGGAGCGACAUGAUCGUGUCCGUGAUAACAUCUGUGGAGCUCUUGCCCGUCUGUUGAUGGCCAGUCCAGCAAGAAAACCAGAGCCCCAGGUGCUGGCUGCCUUGCUACAUGCCCUGCCACUGAGGGAAGACAUGGAGGAGUGGGUGACUAUAGGGCAGCUCUUCAGCUUCCUGUACCAGAGCAGCCCUGACCAGGUUGUGGAUGUGGCUCCUGAGCUCUUGCGCAUCUGCAGCCUGAUUCUGGCAGACAACAAGAUCCCACCAGACACUAAGGCUGCACUACUGCUGCUCCUGACGUUCCUUGGCAAACAGCACACCGACAGCUUCCAUUCAGCACUGGGCUCACUGCCUGCUGACAAAGUUCAGGAAAUCCAGGCCAUACUGGGCCUUACCUAGACUACAGGCGAGCCAGAGAGAGCAGAGCCUGCAGGACUGAAGAUCACCAACCAGCCCAGUUCCAGUUCAUGCCUUACCAAAGAUUCUAGGCAUUGUAUCCAUUUGAAGUCAGCCCUGCUGGCUGUCUUACAGGGGUAUCCCUGGGACUAGAUCUGUUACAAAUGGAAUUCUGGCGUCAUACUGUAAUAAAGGCAGCUUGUUUUCUGCUUGGACA